AUGGAGCUGAAGUGGGCACUUCUUCUGUCGGGUCUGUUCCUGGUGUCUUGUGAAUCUCGCACAUGUGACAAGGGAUUUGAAAGAAGAAACAGCAGCUGUUUUGAUGAGGAUGAGUGUGUGACGCCGGGUGUGUGUGGCAAUCACGCUCAGUGUGUAAAUACACCUGGAAGCUACUCCUGCUUCUGUAAUGAAGGAUUUCGGUCAACAACACCCAACUUGACAGCAGCAACGGGACAGUGUUCGGAUAUUAAUGAGUGUGUUGAGGAAACACAUGAUUGCUCAGGUGAUCUGGAGUGUGUGAACACCAUCGGCUCCUACAAUUGCUCAUGUCGAGAUGGAUACCAGCCUUCAAGACUGGACGGAGAUUGUUUAGACAUCGAUGAGUGUACAGAUGAUCCAGAUGUUUGCAGCACAAACGCACAGUGCUACAAUCAUCAAGGCGGAUACAGCUGCAAAUGUCACCAGGGUUACAGUAACUAUGGCAACGGCCAGUCAAAAUGCAUCGAGAUGAACUGCGACCACUUUGAGCACUUGGAGGACGCGCCUGUAAAGUUGAAGCAUUUACUGGCGCUGUUGAGGAACAGCUGUGAGGCUCUGCGUGAUUCAAAUGGCAGCCGUAAGACAGGAGAGCAGUUACUGGAGAAUGUGUUCACUUCCUCUGACGAGCUGCUGUCUGAAGGAAACAUCGCUGACGGCGAGACGCUGAAUCAGUUUCUGGACGCGGUGGAGAACAGCAUGCGUCUGAUCGGACCUCAGCUGAAAGAGUCUGUGACCAGGAUGGAGACGCACAACACCUUCGCUGAGGUUGCAGUCACACGGAAUCAGACUCCGCCCAGUGGGCGUGUCACUCUGAGCAUAGACUCCGCCCUCUUCAGCACCAGCUGGGAAACAGUUGUAGGGAAAUCAUAUCCAGGUUUUGCGUUUGCGGCUCUGGUCAGUUAUAAAGUGAACUCAUCCAGCGAUCUGCUCCACAAGAUGAGCAGCGAGAGAUCAGAUGAUGAAGAGAGACGCGUCACUUAUCAACUCAACUCUAAAGUGGUGACGGCCGUCGUCAGUAAUGCAGAAACCAAGCAUCUGUCAGAGCCGGUGAUGCUCGUCUUCACACACGAGGAGGAGAGGGCGGAGUCUGAGGGCAUGGCUUACUCCUGUGUGUACUGGGAUGAGGCUGAGGGGGCGUGGUCUGGGCGGGGCUGUGAGGGGGCGUGGUCUAACAGCACUCAUACAGCCUGCUCCUGCUCUCAUCUCAGUAGUUUCGCUGUGCUAAUGGCUCUCUAUCCUGUCCAGGACUCGUUUGAGUUGGUGCUGAUCACGCGUGUGGGUUUAGCUCUGUCUCUGGUCUGUUUGUUUCUCUGUAUCCUGACGUUCCGGUUCUGCCGCUCCAUCCAAGGAACCCGAACCAGCAUCCAUCUCCAUCUGAGCAUCUGUCUCUUCAUCGCAGACCUCGUCUUCCUCUGUGGGAUCUCCAGCACUCACAAUCAGGUGGGGUGUGCGAUUGUGGCCGGUCUGCUUCACUUCUUCUUCUUGUCUGCGUUCUGCUGGAUGCUGCUGGAGGGGGUUCAGCUCUACCGGAUGGUUGUGCUGGUGUUUCACACCACAUUAAAGCAUCUCUACAUGUAUCUGGUGGGAUACGGGGUCCCUCUCGUCAUCGUCACCGUCUCUGCCAUCGCCUUCCCAGCGGGAUACGGCACCGAGCGACACUGUUGGCUCUCACUUGACUACAAUUUCAUAUGGAGCUUCCUCGCGCCCGUCUGCAUCAUUGUCGUCCUCAACAGCUUUGUCUUCAUCAUCACCGUGUGGAAACUGGCCGAAAAAUUCACCAGCCUCAAUCCAGACCUCUCCAAACUCCGCAACAUCAGGGGUUUUACGGUGACCGCUGUGGCUCAGUUCUGUAUUCUUGGAGGGAUGUGGGUUUUCGGUUCCUUCCUUUUCUACGAGAAAGUAACUCAGGUUGCGUUGUACCUCUUCACCAUCCUCAACAGCCUGCAGGGGGCGCUCAUCUUCAUCAUGCACUGCCUGCUGUCCAAACCGGUCAGAGAGGAGUAUCGCAUGCUGAUUAGCAGGAUCUGCUCACUUAAGGAGAAGAAAUAUUCAGAAUUCAGCACCAAUCACUCCAGCAACAGUCAGCAACCUCUACGGAGCAAUCCGACCACAGGAGAGUCCAAGAUAUAGAGCGGCUGUCAGUCCUGCAGGAUCUUUAUAGAUGUUGACCUUUAAAGACACAUGGAAGCGUGACUUCUCACAGAGCUCUAAUUCUGCAGCACAUGGGGCUCCUUUCCACUGAGAAGAUCUUAAACUGCUUGCUUUCUGUCUAUUAAGCAAGAAUAUUUCAGAUGUGGGGCUUGUCACAUGACCUAUGCGUCACUAGAGGCGGAUUCGUAUCAUAUCAAUGAAAUUAAUAAAACAUGCAGCUCAGUUUUCUUCCUCUAAUGGACUUCGGAGACACUUUAACUGUUUUUGUCGCACCUUUAGUGAAGAACGUCUUACAUUACAUGCAAAAGGCAGCUUUCAUUUGCUUAUAUAAGAAAAUGUUGUGAAGAUGAUAUUUGAAGAACUAGUCUCCAAUCUGCCUUAUGAAAGAGGCCUUAAUCUAUUAUCAAUCACAGACCACCACGUUUAUAUGAUCUGCACUUACAUGCCACUUUAUGUCUUUAAGCUGUUGGGAAAUUUGGCCUCCAUUUCUGUGAGAAACAGAUGAGAGGUACUUUAGAUUUAUAAAGCUAUUUAAACAGAGCCGAUGUUGCAUUGCAGUAAGACUGCUUACUUUACCUCCAAUCAUCCUUCAAAUCAAAGUAAUACUAGUCCCGAAACUACAAUAUCGUGGAGACGUCUGAUGUUUCCAAGGAAAUUUCUCAGAAGCUGCAAAUACAAGCGGUAAAGUACCUUCCUUCUAAAGCCCAGUUCUCACAUGCAGCUUGAAUUUUCCCAUUAAUUAGUUGGUCCACAAGGUGGCCACACUGGGUGGGGCCAUUGUUUCACAUUGGAAAAAUAAUUUUUAUCCGUCACCUGGGGAAAAAAAAUAAGGUUGACAGCACAAAGAUGAGGUCGGCUGCCUGUGCUCACACACGUUAUCAUUCGCGUCAAAACGCAUACUUUGGACUUCAGUGUUUCCAGUUCGAGAACAAAGUGAUUUUGUAAGAUGAUACAGCCAAUGCGAACGUUUUAAACGCCUUGCUUCUGUAACAUAAAAGUUUAAGCUCUCUAUUGUGUGUAAUGAUAUUUGAUGAAGAAACAAAUGCUUUAUUUUACAUUUUCCAGAACAUUUUUUGUAU